GGCCGCCGCGCCGCCCCCCAGCCGGCUGCCCACAAAGCCGCCAUUCAGCCCUGGCUGCGGGCCUGCGGGCCCAGAGGGGGGGCUCCCGCGGCGGGCUGAGCGAGGCGGCGGCAUGGAGGGGCCCCAGAGCGUCUCCUUGGUGCUGCUGCUUCCUCUGCUGCUGCCCCUGGGCCCAGCCUGGCCUGUAGCUGCCCAACGCUGCCCACCGACGUGCGUUUGUGACAAUCCCAGGCGGCAUGUUGCCUGUCGGCACCAGAACCUCACGGAGGUGCCAGACGCCGUCCCCGAGCUGACUCAGCGGCUGGACCUCCAAGGCAACCUGCUGAAGGUCAUCCCCCCAGCUGCCUUCCGGGACCUGCCCUACCUGACACACCUCGACCUGCGGCACUGCCAGGUGGAGCUGGUGGCCGAGGGCGCCUUCCGGGGCCUGGGCCGCCUGCAGAUCCUCAACCUGGCCUCCAACCGCCUGAGCUCGCUGCCCCAGGAGGCCCUGGACGGGCUGGGCUCCCUGCAGCGGCUGGACCUGGAGAGGAACGUGCUGGAGGAGCUGCGGCCGGGGACCUUCGGGGCCCUGGGUGCGCUGACCACCCUGAACCUGGCCCACAACGCGCUGGUCUACCUGCCCGCCAUGACCUUCCAGGGGCUGCCGCGCGCGCGCUGGCUGCGCCUGUCCCACAAUGCGCUCAGCGUGCUGGACCCCGAGGCCCUGGCUGGCCUGCCCGCCCUGCGCCGGCUCAGCCUCCAGCACAACGAGCUGCAGGCGCUGCCGGGACUGGCCUUGUCCCAGGCCCGGGCGCUGGCCCGGCUCGAGCUGGGCCACAACCCGUUCACCUACGUGGGCGAGGAGGACGGGCUGGCGCUGCCCGGUCUCCGGGAGCUGACGCUGGAGCACGGCGCCCUGCAGGCCCUGGAUGCAAGGGCCUUCGCCCGCUGCCCCCGCCUGCACACUCUGGAUCUCCGCGGGAACCAGCUGGACACUGUGCCGCCGCUGCAGGGCCCGGGGCAGCUGCGCCGGCUGCGGCUGCACGGGAACCCGCUGUGGUGCGGCUGCCGCGCCCGGCCGCUGCUCGAGUGGCUGGCGCGGGCGCGGGUGCACUCGGACGGCGCGUGCAGGGGGCCGCGGCGCCUCGGCGGGGAGGCCCUGGACGCCCUGCGGCCCUCGGACCUGCGCUGCCCCGGCGGCGCCGAGGAGGAGGAGGAACUGGCCGCUGCGUGGGCCCGCACCCCUCCGGGCGGCCUGGGGCACGGGGAGGACGGGGCGGACGGGGCGGCGGUGCCCUGCCCGCCGGGCUGCGUGUGCGCCUCCGAGUCCCGGCACAGCGGCUGCGAGAGCCGGGGCCUGCGGGCCGUGCCCCGCGGCUUCCCCAGCCACACGCAGCUGCUGGACCUGAGGCGGAACCACUUCCCCUCGGUGCCCCGGGCCGCCUUCCCAGGCCUGGGCGGCCUGGUGUCGCUGCACCUGCAGCAUUGCGGCAUCGCCGAGCUGGAGGCGGGCGCCCUGGCGGGGCUGGCCAGCCUCAUCUACCUCUACCUCUCCGACAACCGGCUCGCAGGCCUCAGCGCCGCGGCCCUGGAGGGGGCGCCCCGCCUCGCCUACCUGUACCUGGAACGCAACCGCUUCCAGCGGGUGCCUGGGACCGCCCUGCGCGCCCUGCCCGGCCUCUUCUCCCUGCACCUGCAGCACAACGCCGUGGAGCGCCUGGAACCCGGGGACCUGGCUGGCUCGCAGGCCUUGCGCUGGCUCUACCUGAGCGCCAACCGCAUCUCUCACGUGUCCCCUGGCGCCAUAGGCCCCGCUCCGGACCUGGAGAAGCUGUACCUGGACAGGAACCAGCUGCAGGGGGUGCCCACCGUGGCCCUGGAGGGGCUGCCCACCCUCCUGGAGCUGCAGCUCUCGGGGAACCCGCUCAGAGCCCUGCCAGAUGGGGCCUUCCGGCCCGUGGGUGGGUCACUGCAGCACCUCUUCCUCAACAGCAGCGGCCUGGAGCAGAUUUCUCCCAGGGCGUUUUCGGGCCUGGGGCCCUGGCUCCAGAGCCUGCACCUGCAGAAGAACCAGCUGCAGGCCAUGCCUGCCCUGCCCCAUCUCAGCCAGCUGGAGCUCAUCGACCUCAGCGGCAAUCCCUUCCACUGCGAUUGCCAGCUGCUCCCGCUGCACAGGUGGCUCAUUGGGCUGAACCUGCGUGUGGGGGCCACCUGUGCCACCCCUCCCAGUGCCCACGGCCAGAGGGUGAAGGCUGCGACUGCGGUCUUUGAAAUGUGCCCAGGCUGGGCUGCCAGGAAGGCCAAGCAGAUGCCUGCUUCCGGACCCAGUGCCAGGAGGACCCCAUGAAGAUCAGAUGGUGGACAGCAGACAAGUGUUUUCAGAGGCGAGCUCAUGGGCCCAGCCUGGAGAAGACCCGCUGGAUGCACACAUCAGCAUGUCCCCAGGGGGGCCAAGGGGUAGUCAUCUGCUCCUUAGGCUGCAGCAAAGUCAGCACGGCUAUUGGUCCUGGGUAGGCCAGCACUCAAAGGAGAGGACGUGUGCCAGUGGGAAGGCCCCCAGGGAGGCUGACAAGGCGGGGCCUACACCUGAUACAGGAUCGGGCUCAGGCCAGGUGUUCGGCAAGCACCUCCCCAACGUGCCGCGGACCUGACACCAAGGCAGAUUCUGAGCAAGGAGCAGAUAAGACCCCUACUCAAAAGUCCGGUACUCCCGGAGCAGACACAGUGGAGGUGGGCUGGAUGUGCACUGCAGAGUUCUGCACCCCCGCAGUGGCUUCAGCAUCCACCAUCGAAGCUGCAGGACUAGCCCAAGCUCACCUUGCAGAUGGUUGCCACGCAGAUGUUGCCCAGAUUCAGAGGGUCAAUGGCUUCCAGUUUCAUCCCCUCUUCAAACCAACCACCUUCCGUGUAGACAGCUCGAACCUUAAAGGAAUGGGGCAGCUGGGGAAACUUGGGGCGGCCCAGAUGGAGGGUGGGGGGAGCAGGCCUCAUCCACCAUAGGCCUGGGAAGGAAACGGGAAGGGAAAGGAACACCCCGGGGUUGUGGGGCCUGGGAUGGGCCUAUGGCCAAGACGAGAAGGGCCUAUGGCUAAGAUGAGAAGGUCCCAAGGCUGUGCCUCACCUUCUUGAACAGGUAAGGAACAGCAUCACAGUAGAUUUUCCGGAAGGUGGGAUGGUGGGCCAUGUCACUGCGCCUCUCUUUGGGGAGAUGCCAGAGGGAGCAAGAGAGAGAAAGGAGUUGCAGGCUGCUCACAGGGCCACCUCCCUCCCUUCCCCAGAAUGUGGGGCUGCCCUGCAUAUGCUCUAAUCUGUAUCUUGGCACCCUGUACUACCCACCUAGACCAGGAUCAGGACAUGUCAGGAGCUCUCUGUAGGGACUACUGAACCCGUAAGAUCCAGACACUUCCCAUAUCGUGCAGCCUCCAGCUUCGAAUAGGUUUAAAGCCCUUAUAAGCUCAGUGACCUGGUCAAAUCACCCAACCUCUUUGGGCCUCGGUACCACCGUGCACAUGGUGGAGAUGGUCAUCACCACCAUGUGGUGGCGGUGUGGGGUACAGAGAUGCUCCUGCCCCUGCCCGCGGACCUGACAGCUUGAUGCCAUGGCCAACUCGCCGUGACCAGCCCACUGGGUGGAUCAAGGGGCUCCACAUGUGGCACCAGAAGUCGUCAUCACUGUCGCCGUCCUCAUAGAGGAGCCGAAGGCGACCCCCGAUUACUGUGUCUACCACUGCCAUGCGGGUCCGUGACACCUGGGACUUGUCCACCACCUCCAGCCGCAUGCCUUGCCGGAAGGGGUACUUCAUGCUCUCCACCAUCUGCAAGAUCAGAGCACAGGCCCGCUGUGGUCCUGGGGAUCCUCCACCCACUUCCCUGUUUCAUCUCCUAACUGUAACCACAGAAUAGGGAAGGUAUGCCCAGAACCACACCCAGCACUAAGUCAGGAAGCAGGCCAAUGAGACAUAGACUCAAGGAAGGUCCCACCAGGUCUGACCUUGGCCCCCAAUUCCUCAGGAUGAGAGCACACAGCUUACAAGGUGUGCCCCCCAAAUGCCAGUCAGUACAAUGGAAAUUACAAAACCCAUUUCAGACUAAGGAACAGGUGCCCCAGAGGGCUCAAGUGACUUGCCCACACUCACCCCGAUUCAUUGGUGCCAGAGCUGGACCUUGAAACUGGUCCCAGUGUUCAGCCUCGUGCACUUUCCUACUCCCCUCCACCUCCCCGCUGAUGGCACAUACUAUGCUCAUGUCCAGAGAGCUGAGGCUCCAUCUGCCUCCAUAUGUCUAAUUACAGUUGUGACCCCACUGGGCUGUAGCUCUGAACGGCUAUCCCACUCUGACCCAGCCAAGGACAGUGACCAAGAUGCCCACAAGCUGUUUUAGAGAGCCCUGAUGACAGGCCAAAGAUGAGGGGGUAGGAGACUCUUUCUGGUCCCUGAGACUUCAGUCUUGUCCUGCCUGGGAUAGGGAAAUGGAACAGUGAACUCUGUAGGGCUUUUCCAGCCCAGGGAAAACCAGCCCCAGCCUAGGGAAGGUGGGGACUUAGCGGCGCUCUUUAGCCCACCAGGAGGGGGAGUAUCUCCGAGUCACAAAGCAGCCAACAGGAAAAGCUGACAGAGUCCUACACCACAGACCUGUCAGACAUCAGCUCAAGGCCUGGAAUACAAAUCCAAACCAAUCGACUGGCCCAUUUAGGAGAGAGACACAGGGUGAGGUCUGGGUUGGGGUCCCUCGGGGCCACCUCUCCCUCCUAGCCUUUCCUGACACACUCCUUUCUUUUGCACCCACCCAGGGCAGCCCAGAGCCCAACACCACUUUAGUGCUCUGUUUCUUCAGUCACACCCUGAGCUCUGUAGGGGCAGAAGCCAGGUCUGGGGGGAUUCAUUUCUACAGUCUCAGUUCUAAGCAUGGAACUAAGCACAGAGUUAGUGCGCAAUGUUUUUUCUCACCUGAUAGAUACACAGUACACACCUGACUUUGGCUGCUGGGCCAUUCAUUCACAACAUUUUACUCAGAACUUAUCACACUGUAGGCACCAAAGGAACUGGACUGGAUUUGGAUCAGAGCUGCCUUCACAAACUCACCCUCUUUUAUCCUUCCUACGCAACCCUCAGAGGCAGCUGGCUUUUGUAUCCACUGCAGGACUGGGUAUGUGACAGUGAAUCAUCGUGUGCUUGCUGAUUGGUUCACAUGGAACCAUGUUCUGCUACCCAGAAUCAAAAAAAAAAAAUUUUUUUUUUUUUAAAGUAGGCCCCAUGACCAGCAUGGAGCCCAACAUGGGGCCUGAACUCACAAUCUUGAGAUCAAGAGUUGGAUGCUUAACCAACUGAGCCACCCAGGUGCCCCAGAAUCAAGCUCAUUGGAGUUUAAGCAGAGGAGAGGCCACCUUGAUAAUGCUAGUGGCCUAUACCACCCACAAUCUGCCUCAUCUUCAGACAAGUGCCAGCUGAGAAGGAGCAAAUGCUCGUUUUCAACUGCUGAAUCUGUCCACGGUGCAAGGCAUCAUGAGAGGGGAGGGGACACCCAGGUGGCUCAGUGGUUAAGCGUCUGCCUUUGGCUCAGGAUGUGAUCCUGCGGUCCCGGGACUGAGUCCCACAUAGGGCUUCCUGCAUGGAUCUUGCUUCUCCUUCUGCCUGUGUCUCUGCCUCUGUC